UGAUCAAUGACCACGCAUGUAUCUUUCGUUUUUCGCAGGUGCAACUACAAAAGCACUGGGUAGUGUACUCGGGGGAGUUUUCUAUCAAUGUGGUCUGCUUGAAACUAGACCAACGACGAACCUCACAAAGGGAAUCUUAUGACCACAGAUGAUAUGAAGUUGAAAACCUAGUUGUAAUAUUCCCCUAAAAUAAAAACGAUGAUAGAAGAAAGCACCCCGUUUGACGCUGCGACUUUCGAGAGCGUCUCCUUCUCGGUAGACGUGCAGCCGUGCGCUAAAAUCCUGACUAAAAUUACGACGGCUCCAAGUAGCGCACGCGUUGUUGCUGAAGAAGAACCUCCAUCACCAAGGAAAAGAAGUAACGAGGAUGGAGAGGCAGUAUUUGCUUUUGCCGGAGGACGGCAUCCUGCACUUCUAGAAGGGAAUACCAGAGCAGGUGAGGUUCCAUUGUUGGGUUUCGCUGGUUCAACAUCAAGCAAUAGCAAUAGAACUACAAGAAAAGAUCCAAGCGCAUCCUCCCAUGAAGAUGCCAGCCCAGCAAAGGUGAAGCAGCCGAUGGAUGAUAGUGAGAAGUACCCGUGGCUCCAUCGCUUGCAGAUAGUAAAAGACGGUCUCUUAAGCACGCGAAGUCGACAGGAGCGCUAUUUUGCUCGCGCUUGUCCAGAACUGGGAAGGCCUUGCUUCAUCUGCAACCAAGUGGGUCAUACCAAAAAGGACUGUCCACAGCGAGUGUGCUACCGCUGCAACAAGAGAGGCCAUCUCGCUAGCGAGUGCCCCACGAAAAAUGGAGCAUUAAAAAUAUCGGGAGACGAGUCGCGAGACGAAAGUGUCGUUGAAGCGUCCUGGACUACGAAACCGGAUGAAGCUAUAGAAAAAGACCAGGUCGUGACAUCUGAAGCUAAGGCCACAAACUCAGAAAAGAAGAAAAAGAAAAAAGCGAAAAAGCGAAGUUCAAAGCCAGACGAACACGAGCUAGGAGGACAGCCCGGGGCCUCGGGACCGAUCAGCUUGCUGCGGUCUUUGAAAAAGCAGAAGAUGCAGGAUUCGACAAUGAUAACGUUGAACCAGGAGUUUGUAGCUGCUUCAAGUGUAUCUCAACACACUUCGCUUACCGAGGACCAUCUGUAUGAUUGUGUUGUCCGUGAGGAGAGUCUAGCAAUCCAAACGGCUCCAUUCGUGGGGACGUCGAGCGGCGACGCAAGUUGCAGCACAAGUUUCACCUCAUCAACGACGGCAUUUACCUCAACAAAAGAAGUCUGUAAAACUAUUGUUCCGGAGCAGGACAAAGCGAAUGAAGAUGACCUCUUCCUCUUGCAGAGGAGUGCGCAACCCACAGAAGCACCGCGCUGCUUAAUAUGUUUCGAGCUGGGGCAUGGGCUCGGUUUAGACAAAUGUCCCAAGGUAAUAGCUGAUCGGCGACGAAAAUAUGAGGAGAGGCAAGCGCAUUUUCGUCAACAGAGGGUGGCGCAAGAGGAGGAGGCAGCCGUAGAGUGGAAUUCUUCCUCUAAGAAAAAUGCCGACGACUGGUGGUCAACAAGUAGGAGCAAUAGUGAUUACAAUGACUACCAGAAUUCGUCGUGGGCAACAACAACAGCCACACAGCGGAGAGGUGCAUUUGAGUGGUCGAAGAAGAGCAAGAGUGAAGGAAAGUGGCCAGCCUCUUCUCAUUCAACUGAAUCGUGGAACAAUGAUGACAAGACAUGGCGAGGCAGGGCCAACUCAUACCAUAACGGAACUUCUUGGGGGAAGAACCAAACGUCGAGUGCCUCAAGCACGCAUCGCGAAGAGCGCUCGUCUUCUUCAUGGGCUCGCUUCGGAUCUGCAUCAAGUUCUUCUAAGAAGGACAAACCAUCAACCAAUCAUCAUUCCGCGAAUAGCUGGCAGUCUUCAUGUUGGUGGGAUCAGUCGAGCAAAGAUAUGUGGGAGGGAGAUGAUUCUACUUGGUGGCAAGAAGAUAAUGUUGCGAAGAUCGAGCAGUCCGUUAAGACAAAAAAGAGAAAGUCAUCUUCUUCCGCCUCCGGUGGUAAAAAAGAAGAUAAUAGCGAGACUCCUACGAAAGUGAGUAGAAAAGCGAAGCCUCCAUCAAAAUUAUCGGGUGUUGUAAGCUCCACCAUAAAGGAAAAGAUGGUGGAACAAAUUAGCGUAAAACAGAAGAAAAAGAAAUCGUCUUCUAUCAAAAAGAUAGAAGAUGUACGGGAAGCGCCAAGCAAAACUAGAGAUGUCUCACUUUGUGUAGGCUCAACCCCAUCAAAAAAGGCCCGCAUGAAUGAAACGGAAGGUAGUGGAGAACAUUCGACAGCAUUCCCUGCGAAACUUUCAGUACCAAAGAAGACAGUGAAAAUCUCUUCGAAAAAAAAGAGCAAAUCAGCCUCGUCAGACAAAGAAUGAGAUGCAAUCCCAAUCCCACAACAUCAAGCAGGUGACUGAGCUGCUCGGUCUCUGACGAAAUCGAAUCAAUUAGGUAUCCCCUGCAGGGAAUUCCAACAAUUAUAAUUCAGUAUCCGUUCUAGCUUCCAACUUCCUUUCUCAAAAGAGUUGAACGUUCUAGCUUCUCAAAAGAGAAGCUCC